UUCUCAGCAACUGCUCUAUUGCCUGUUGCUCGGGAGAUUAGAUCAAGCAAACGAAACGAGACAGAAAAGGAAGGGGAGAGAGAGAGAAGAUGGACACAGAGAGGUGAAUCGAUCCAUAUUGGCGAAGAUAGCAAGAAAAGAUAGGGAUAAAAGUCAACUUGGAAAGGGAUUUCAGUUCAGUGGCAGAAAAAUAGCAUGUCGAGCCAAAGAGAGAAGUAAGCUCCUAAACAUUCGUUUGCAAAGACUGGCAGCUCAGCAGGUACUGGGACACGAAGAUAAGGGGCAGAUACAACGGGAAGGACGGCCCAGGGUCGACGAUGUUCGGACCUUCGCGGGUUCCUGUCCAGGAACAGAUCUGGGAUUUGCAGAAAAAAAUCCAAUUAUUGGAGGGUGAUCAUAAGGCUUACUAUGAAAGUUCACAGUGCAAAAUCAAGAAGAACAAGGACACCAUUCAAUAUGUCAGAGAAGAAAAUAAAAGCCUGCACAGAGUACUUGCAGGGGCAUUGGUGAGCAAUGAGAAACUUGUUAAAGAAUCAUUUCAAGACCAUCAUGAGAAAGCAGCACUGAGAAAUAAGAGUGGAAAGGAUGUCAUUAUGGUGAUGGACCAGAAAGUUUGUGAUAAGAUUAAGCGCCUGAAUGCUCUUAAGCAUGUGACAGAGAUGAAGAAGAAAAUUCAGUUGGACCUGGAGAUGCAAUACAGCAAGAAUAUGCAGGAAGUGAAAGCCCUGCAAGAGAUCAUGGAGAAUGUGUCCGAGGAUGCACAGACCUUGCGGCUCCUGGAGAAUCGUUUGGAGAAAACCCAGCUAAAGUAUCGUGAGGCAGUGCAUGUGAUGAAGGUGUACCAGAGACUAAAGGCACAUCUGCAGGAGGAGAGUGUGAGCUUUCAGAAACAACUUGAUACUUUGGAAGCUAAAAUCCUACAGCAACAAGAGGAACUGAAAGAACUUCAGGCCAUGAAUACUGAUGCCCAACUAUCUCGAGAUGCUACCAAGACAGAACUCCAGCAGCACGAGGAGGUUAUGCAUAAGGAACGACGGGAACGGGAAAAGAUUCUCACUGAGUACAAGAAGAUGGCUGAGGAGAAGAGAACACAAGCAGAACGUGCAGAAAGACGGGCAAUGAGAGCAGGUGCUCACUCUGAGGAGUUGCACUUUGAGCGACCUGCAACACAAGAAACUGGGGCCGAGGAAAGAGCCAUCAACAUAUUUGAAGAUAUCUUAUGGAUCAAAACUGUGACUGGUGUUAGUGAUGUACAGGAUGUAGUGAAACGCUUUGUGAUGCAGGAAGAAACCUUGAAGCAUUUGGAGGAGUUGGAACUGGAGAAUGAAAAGCAAAUGGUGCGACUAAGGGGGGAGAAAGAGGUACUGCAUGCAGAAUAUGACCAACUGAAGUAUUCUGGUGAAACAAAACUUUCCAGUGAGCAAAAAUUGUUAAUGGAACUACAAACUCACCUGAACAAUGAGCAGAAACGACGAGCUAAGCUAAUGGAGUACCUUGAAUAUGUCAGCCAUAUCACCAUGUCCGUUAAAGCAGGUGUGGAACAUAUCUACGAGAAAUUGAAACAUGUGCAAAUUUCAAAGGGCAGUAUUCCUGCUGUGGUACUGAGCCCCACAUCAGAUGAGUAUGUAUUGGACUUGUUAUCAUUUACAGAGGAAAAACUCCUUAAACUUUGUCGAAAUCUAGAAGGAAUCGACAUGAAGAAGACAUUGCAAUUGAUGGAGGAUGAUGAGUUCCAUGCCAGCGUGCAAGGCAAUCUUCCAGCUUACAACAUGAGAGUGAGGCUUCCCACAGCCGAAAAACCCGAUACGUAUGACGAUGAUGACGAUAUUGAUGAUGAUGAUGACGACAACAGGAGUGAUGAUAGUGGUGACAUUGUCACAAGAGCAGUACUAAAACAGCAAUCACAGCAGAUUGUUGACUGGAAAACCAAAAAGAGGACUCGACCCAAGAGGAAGAAAGUGAAGCACAAAUCAGUUCAGGACUGAAGCCCACUGGAUCUAACCUGUUUGUGCACAGAGGCACAAGUCUAGUGGACACAGAUCAUAUAACCAUUUAUAAUAGUAGAAAACCAGUAUAUAGCCAGUAAAAUAUAAACAAAUGUUUAUAAACAAA